CUGGCAGUUUUAAGAAUUAUAAGACCUGCUACACUAGCUUUGCUGUAGCGACGCUCGCUUCCUCGGCAGCUAUGCGUCGGGUGCGGCGGUUGUUGCGGGGACGGCCGCUGCCCGCCACCCACCUCCGCCUCAGCUUUGACGUCCGGUGGGACUCCGCCGCGGCAUUCCUGCAGGGCGUCCCAGUGAGGCUGUAUGGCGCGGAACAGGAACGGUGGCUCGGAGAACUGGUGAGCGUGGCGGUGGUACACCAGGCCACAGGUCGCCUGCUGCGGCAGUACAACCACCCAACACAGGCACACGCCCGCCCCUUACAAGCCUUCCUUGACUCACUCCAGCCCGGCCGCGUCUUGCUCCUUGCUGGAUCGACUUUUCAGGACCCAGAUACCAGUGUUACUUCCCUUCUCGCUGAACUUGGAAUAGACUGGCUCUUAGGGCGAGGCGGGGGUGCGGUGCUGUGGGCGUGGGUGGGCGUAGUGGGCAGCGUGAGAGCGGCAGGCGAGGCGAGUGUUAUCUGGCGCCCUUGGAACCGGAAUCGUCAGAUACUUACCUGGGAAAUCCACUUACCGAAGGCCCCAGAGGUACCGUGGUGUGGUGGAGGUGGUGGUAGCAUCAGCCCGCUCGACUCGAAGGAAGAGGAGGAGGAGGAGGAGGAAGAGGAGGAGGGCGGCGGCGUCGGUGCUGGGCGGUGGGCGGCUCGGGCUGAGCUAUGUACCGCGCAUGACGGAUAUGGGGCGUGGUGCAACUGUCCACCACCACCACCACCACCAUCCCCACCUCGAGUACUACAGAACAAUACAGUAGCGUCCACGUGGCGUAUAGAAAACGUGGUGACUGUGGUCCUCGCCAGGCACCCGCCAGCCCUACACCGGUUGCUGAUUUCCCUUGAAAAUGCAGGAGCAGAGCCUAAGGACAUCCUUGUAUUUACUGGACAGCAGCAGAAGGCGCCGAAGGAACUGCAAUUAGUGUGCAAAAGUCACGGCGUGCACCUGGAGAUCACGGGGCGUUCCUCUGACUGCAUGGGUCUUCACGUUGCUCGCUUGUACGAAUCUGCACUCAUGGCCUCCCUCAUCCUGCGCCCUAAAGCGUCCUUCUUCAUCACUCUGGAGGACGACAUGGUGGUGCUGCCCUUCUUCUACAGGUGGAUGGUGCGGGGUCGAAAAAUCCUAAAAAAGACUCAGGAAUUUAUCUGCGUCAAUAGUCUGAACCCAAAGUACCCAUACAAGCUGUACCAGUACCCGCGGCGAACCCUGGGCGACUUGCACCUUUCAUCCAGGACCACUACCACCACCAUUACCACCACCGCCACCACCGCAUACUCCUUCAGAAGUCCUCUCAGGGACAACGGAAGAUCGCCAGGUGAUACCACGCCGCCGGAGGGCAAGAAAGGUAAUGGCCGGGGGAACAAUAACAUGAAUAAGUUCCCUCCUGAGCCAAACAAAAAGACUGCCAGCGGGGACACACUGCGAGGCCCCGGGACUGACACGAGGGCGCCCCGAGAGGUGGGUGUCGUGACGGGUGCGGGGCUGGAGGACGGAGGGCGGCAGUGGCCAGGCGGGAAGUUCAUGGCGGGGUGGGGAAUGGAACGCAGCCUGGUGGAAGCUAUGAUCAGGUUCUGGCCCUUGGCGAAGCGUGAUGUAGACUGGGAAACGCUGGUGGAGACGUGGGCCGGAAUACGCCCUUGCCUCCUCCCCUCACGCCCACACGCUCUCCACGCCCGCGCCGCCCAUCUCUCCUUGGGUCCUGACCUCCCGCCCCUCCUGUGACCCGUGCUUGACCUUUGACAUCGAGAGAGAGUGAGAGGGAGAUGAAAAAGAGGGAAGAAAUAAAAAAAAAAAAGUGGGGUUGAUUUAAGUAAUGGAAAAAAAAUUAUAGGUAUGUUUUUUGUUUA